AUGGCCAAUGUCAACCCACUCAGCUUCCGCGUUGCGACGUUGGAAGAUGCGCCGCAACUUCAGCAACUCGUGCAAGCCGCCUUUCGCGCAGAAGACAGCCGGGCAGACUGGACGGCGGACAUGGAACUCGGAAGGUCGUUUGAGUAUUCCGUUGAGGAAGCUUUGACAACCAUUAAGAAUCCCGAAGCAGCAAUCAUCAUGGCAAUCGACCAGAACGGCGUCCUCGUAGGAUCUGUUCAAACCAUCAAGCGAAACGCCGACCUUGCUCGUCUCGCCAUGCUUUCCGUGGACCCGAACCAGCAGCGGGGGGGCAUCGGGCGCCAGGUCCUCGCCUUUGCCGAAGAGUAUGCCCGGCAAUGGGGGGUGAAGACUUUCGGAUUGAAUGCGCUUUCGUCGCGCGAGAAGCUCAUUGAGUGGUAUGAGCGCUGUGGAUACAAGAAGUCUGGCGAGACUUCUCCGUUCCCAGUUGAUCGGUUCCCUCAACUGGAUUUGCCAAAGGACUUGUGUUUUGUUGAGUUGGAGAAGGAUGCUGUGACUGGAAAGUCGUGA